AUGCUUAAUACUGCAACUGACACCGUCAACACCUUUCGAACCACUCUCAAAGCCACGCCUGUCAUGAAAGCCGCGCGCUUUCAAAACUACCCGCUUCCCCCGUCCAUCUCCCUCUCAUCCGCCGCGCUCAUCGAACCUCUCGCCGUCGCCUGGCACGCCGUGACCACCUCCCCCUUCGACCCCAACCGUACCAGCAACGCCAACACCGACACCCUCAUAAUCGGUGGCGGCCCCGUUGGCAUCAGCCUGGUGCAGAUCCUGACCCUCCACGGCGCCACCGCCAUCGCAGUCGCCGAGCUCCUCCCCUCGCGCAAAACCCUCGCGCGGGACUACGGCGCAAUACACAUCCUGGAUCCGCACGAAGUCGACAUCCCUAGCACUUUGCGCAGUCUAACCAACGGGGUUGGCGCGGAUAUCGUCUUCGACACCACCGGCGUGGAAAGUACCCUGAACGGCGCGAUCGGUCAAUCGAACCUCGAGAAGAUGAUCACGCAGAGAAUCAGGCUGGAUGAGGUUGUCGAGAAGGGGUUUCGGGCUUUGGUGGAUGAUCGGAGGGCGCAUUAUUUUGUUCUGUGGUAA